AUGAGCGGAAAGCAAACUGCCAAAUCUGCGACAACCACUGCGGUAUCUCCUUGCCGAACAUCGCCGGGAAACUCUUUGAUCGCAUCCUCUCUCAACCGUCUGAACAACCGCCUAAAACAGGGUCUUCUGCCGGAAAGCCAGUGCGGCUUCCGUCCUCAUCGUGGGACCACGGACACAAUCAUCGCUAUUCUCGUGCAUAUUGUUGAUUCCGGCCAACGUAUGAUCUGCCAUCAUCGUGGGAGAACGGACAUGAUCUUCGCCGCCCGUCAACUUCAGGCGAAGUGCCAGGAGAUGCGUAUCCACGUGUACUUUACCUUCGUGGAUCUGACGAAAGCCUUCGACACGGUGAAUCGUGAUGGACGGUGGAUGAUCACGCAGAGAUUCGGCUGUCCCGAACGAUUCAUUCAGAUGGUGCGUCAACUCCACGACGGCAUGAUGGAGCGCGUCACAGACAGCGGAACUGUAUCAGAGGCGCGACCCUCGCAGCCUGGUAUGCGCUGGCAGUUCCCUGACACCUGGUUCCCUUCCGGCAGAUGCGCUUACGCUCCCGCUGGGUAUACAGGUGGUGGGCAUGGCUGCCCAGUCAUCCUUGUUCUUAUGACCCCUGUUGGGGCGUUGUUGUUGUUGUUGUUGUUGGGGGUGAAAAAUUCUGGGCAGGUGUAUGUUGUAGACUUGGGGGUGUAGUGGCAGGCCUAGGUGCGUGUCCGGCCAUGCCAACCAUCUGCGUCCUCCCCCGCCUCUUGUCUUGACGCCUGGCACAGGUGGGGAAUGCGGAGGAGAGAGUGCGGUAGAUGCUGCGCAAGUCUACUAUCAAUAGAAGCCGAAUCACGCGCAAGUCUCCGUGCCUGCUGCACCUUGCUGUGUAGCACAAGGUGGAUGUCGUCAGGACUGACGGUCGAGCUGUCAGGUGAUGCUUUUAAAACAGUCUUUGACGUGGAACAUUUGGAUGUCGAACAUCUCCAACGAUUCAUGCAAAUGUUGAACCCCCAUUUCUGUUAUGCAUAUGUUCAAGGCUCGCUACAUACUUGAGUGACACUAUCCAGAAAGGGAUGACUAAGGAAGCAUAAAAUGCAUAUAACAUGCCUGGAAUAUUUCAUUUUCGCAAGCUAGGUUAUAGAAACUGCGGAUGACAUCUAAAAAUAAUACUCUGAUUCUUGUCUCAAAAAAUUAAAUUUACAAUUUUAUACAUCGAAGAUGUUGUGUCCCACUCGGUAUAUAAAAUAAAACUGACUUUUCAACAGUGCCACCUAACUGAUGCUCUUUCUACCAAUCCUUAUUAUGUAAUAAAGUAGGGCGCAGAUAUGCGCACUCCCUCCAAUCCAUCUUCCAACGGUGUAUUUUAUGCAUUAAAGCAAGCAUUCCGCGCAAAUUCGACUUUUGUUUCAUAUAUUUACAUAUAGAUCAAAGAACACCACGAUCAAUUUUAUGCAAGGUUCCACUCCAGUGUUUCAAGUGACUCUGUGCCAUAUUUCGUGUCAGACCGGGAAAAAUUUUUAUCUGCAGGGACCAAUGAAGCUGGCAAAGAGACACCAGUCGCAUAGACAGAUAUAUGCAAGCUAAUGGUUGGGUAUAAAUGACGUGGCCCUAGACUAGGCUCUAUUUUUAUUAGACCUCAUCCCACCUCAACGAACUCUGUAAUGGGAGGACAGUCACCGAUCAGGUAACAGGAGAGGAUUGUCGUGUUAUCCCUUGUGACUCAGUCCGGAGCCCUCGAAGGCAGUACCGAGGAAGAGAAGGGAGAUUGAGACGGCAUUUAGGGCCUAUUAGACGUUGCCAGCCAACCACACCCUACCACACACAGCAUUUCCGAUCUCAUCCGACAGCGCAAUGAGCUCGUGGCUAAAUCUUAGAAUGCUGGACCACUUAACGCUCAAUGAUCAAAGAGCCUAUACCACUAGUCGCUGUUCAAUUGCCUGUGAGGGUUCUAGUUUGAUCCCCAAAGGACAACGGGACGGGCACGUUCCGUGGCCCGAUCGGUGAGCGCUCAUCUAUCAUAAUUAGUAUUUCCGAUCACAACCGCUAAUAAAACGGACUUAUGGCUCAAUGGUAGACUGUCACACCGAAUGAUCAAAGAUCUCGGGUUCAAAUUUCAGGUGAUCCACAUCUGGGUUUAUGUAUGACUGGCUGGCGACGCCUUAUAAGCCAGAAAUAGCUGCUUCUGGUGUGCUUUGUUUUCAUCAGUACUCCUUUAAGCGGUUUUUCCUUCUUAAGCAUGCUCUCUCUGAUGGGAUUGGUGAGUUCCCGACGAGGUGCCACGGGAACAUAUCAUUUCUGUUAAAGUAUCUGCUUUCCUUGCGGGCCUAUAACAUUUAACAUUUGUUUCAGAUUAUCUUAAGUUGCCGGCUGCGAAUUUUUUAAAUUACUGCUUCUAUUGUAUGAGGGACAAGGGGUAUUUCCUCAUUCCAUCGGUUUCCGAUGACCUUACACACUUCUCAGCUUGCAGCUGAUUCUACCUCCCCGAACUAACCUCAUGGGAUAUUGGCCGAAAUUGUAAAAUGCCUAUUCGACUUGGAAGGAUUACUUAAGGGAGCUUGAUAAUACCGAAUAUCUCGUGGCAUAGUGCUGCCCGGUGACCGCUGUCGGCAAAAAUGUCUAUUUAUAUAGUAGACCAUUUUUCCAUUGAUUUUCGAUGCCCCUGCAAAUUUGAAUAUAUUUUGUACAGCAUAUGCAUAAAAAUAUUUUUUAUUGCGCUCUUUUGAUAGCAAAUCCUGACUUCUCCAAAUUUAUCCCCAAAGGAAGGGCAUCUUUCUGUUUGAAAAAGUUUCUUGUGAUGAGGUUUUCAUGACUGUGCAAUAUCCAUUCCAAUAACAUCGUGUCUGUUUGUUCAACGAUACUCCUCAUGGAGUUUGCGGCAUAGUCUACAGUCUGUUGCAAAACGUCAUGAGCUCUACAGCAGAUGUGCCAACUCAUGAAAUGGCAACCCAAAUUUCGAAAUGCGUUCUCGGUUCGAAAAGAUAAAUUAAGUAGUGUUGUAAAACUAAUCAUGAUGCAGCAUAAGUCUAUAAUUAUCCAGUUACCUCAGGGUGUCGGCUUUCGAACGAACUUAUUUUCGGCUGCAUGCGAGAUCUAUACUCUGCAAAAAAUUACUACAUAAGUAGCAUGCAAUUUUCUCAUUGAUUUUCGAUGUCCUUGAAAAUUCAAUUAUAGUUCAUGGAUAACAUGCAUAAAUAUAUCCAUUCUUUUACUUAUUCGGUAGAAAAUCACGUCUUCUUCCAAUUUCAUACUCAAACGAAGAGUAUAAUACGGUUUUAAAAAAGUUUCUAAUUCUGAGAUUUUUUAAUACCGUUAAAUGGCCGUUCAUGAAACGUCAUGUAUCUGCAUUUACGAAUGUGGCUUGUAAAGUUAAAAAUAUUGCUCAAAUCCACUGCUUAAUUUUAUGAACUUCAUAUGGUAUCCUCUUAACACCAUAGAGAAAUGCAUGGUUUUCCGUACACGGAAAAUAUACAGCUAAUAUUUAGUUUGGAAACCCUGAAUGCAAGUGUAACAGCAGGUCGGGUUCAAAAUUAUUCGGGAAUUAAAAAAGUUUUUUUUAAAACCGAAUUAUACCCUUCCUUUGAGUAUGAAAUUGGAAGAAGACGUGAUUUUCUACCGAAUAAGUAGAAGAAUGAAUAUGUUUAUGCAUGUUAUCCAUGAAAUAUAAUUGAAUUUUCAAGGACAUCGAAAAUCAAUGAGAAAAUUGCAUACUACUUAAAUAGUAAUUUUUGCAGAGUAUAGAUCUUGCAUGCUGUCGAAACUAAGUUCUUUCGAAAGCCGACACCCUGUGGUAACUGGAUCUUCAUAGAUUAAUGCUGCAUCAUGAUUAGUUUUACAACACUACUUAAUUUAUCUUUUCGAAACGAGAACGCAUUUCGAAAUUUGGGUUGCCAUUUCAUGAGUUAGCACAUCUACUGUAUAUGGUAUCUGUUUAAUGUAAUAGAGGAAUGAAUAUUUUUAACUACGCGGAGAGUAUAAAGCUAGUGGACAAAAACCCUAAGGGCAAAUGCAACGGCAGAUAGAGCUCAAUAUUAUUCUGGAAACGAAAGACUUACUGGCAGAGUACCUUUAUCCGACAAAGACAAGGGACACUGAAAUGGCCAUUUCUGGCUUAUUAGCCGUCGUCAGCCGAAAAUUUAAAGAUAUGAUUUGCCACCAAAUCAGUGCAGGACACGAUAUUUUUAUGCGUGUCAUCUACAAAAUAUAUUUGAAUUUAUAAGGGCAUCGAAGAUCGAUAUAAAAAUGCCUACUAUUUAGUAGUCAUAUUUUACCGAGUGCUCUCAUUGGAGGUGACCGAAAAGAAGGGCAUUUAAAAUCCAACACCCUGAUAUAUCUGACAAAUUACGGUAUUAUGCUGCAAGAUAACCAAUAUUACAACCGCGCUUAAGUAAUCCUACCUAAUCGAAAACGCAAUUUAGAAUUUCGGAUAACAUUUAAUUAAAUUGGUCACUGACUGCAAGCCAAAUGAUCUGGAGCACUUUUCUCCCGCUCAAAGUUUGAGAUGCGGGCGCUUACAAAGGAAACCUGAUCACCGAAAACAGCAGCAGAUUAUUCUGAUGCCCACAGAGCAUCCAAUAUUGUUGUUUUACAAACUUCCAGGAAGUCGCCCACUGCACCGACGACGUAUAUUUGCAGCCGCAGAUGAGAACUGGACGUCUGAUGAGGCCAGAUUGGGAUAA